AUGAGCACCGGAUCAGGUCCAGCCUCACCUGUAUCAUCACGAAUGACCAAAGCCGCAUUCUUCAGAGCGAGAUCACCACCUCUCGCGGAACGAACCAAUCCCAAUGGAAUGUCUAUGUCGAGUCAAGACGCCUACGGAAACCUUAGUGAUCUAGCAGGGAAGUUUGAUGCAGCUACAAGAUUAGAACAACAGCAGCAGCAGCAAUCAGCUGGAGCUGGACCUAGUACGGGUGGGAAUAGGUUUAGUCCAAAUAACGAACAAACAGAAAGAUACUACACACCAUCAUCAACACUCAAAGCUCCACAAGUAAAUAACAACCAACAGGGGUAUUUCGAUUCUUCACCUGCGACAGAUGGGCAUGCUUCAACAUUAGAUAGACUGCAGAACCAUCCUUCUCGUAGAGGUCCUUCGCCCGUACGACGAAGAUCAACAUUGGCCUCUCAACGAACCACCUCACCUACAUCUCCCAUAAAUCUACUGGCUGGUAUACAUGGAUUAAUGUCUGCUCCAGACUCGUCUACAGGCCACGACACAGAACGAUCGACGUAUGAGGAUGGAACUGAAGCUGGGAGAGGUGGAGAUCUAAAAGAAAGUGCGAUAAUGGGAUUUGCAGAGGGGUCAGACGAAAUGUUGUUGGCUCUUUUGGCUGGACAAGCUGCAGUAGAUUGCGAAAGACUACCAAUAGGUAGAUGGGAGGAAGUGGAAGGGUGGAAGAAGGAACUAUCGUUAUUGUCAAAUAGAUUGGAAUCAUCACAGUCUAGACUUCAAAGGGAGAUCAAGAUCCUGACUGCAGCGAAGACACUACAGAAACUGAACAACUCGAAUAAGAGGAUGUCGAGGCAGACGAUGGAAAGUCUAGAACAGGCGGAAAAGAGAGUAGAAGCUGCUGAGAAGGAAGUAUACGUCCUGCAGGAUAGAGAAGCUGCUUUACGUCGGAAGUUGAUGGAACAUUGGUCGGGAGUGAUGGCCUGGGAAGUCAGGCGGUUGGAACGGACUUCAGCAGAAACCCAAGCAAGAUAUGAUAAACAGUCUAUGAAGAUUAACAAUCUGAAAGAUCGCGAAGACGAGCUAAUAAGGCAGAGUACUGAGAAAGCCAACAGAGUACAGGAGCUAGAGGAAAUGGUCAUAGAGAUGGGACGUAGGGAAAGGGCCAUAGAGGAAGAAGCUCGAGAAUUGGAUCAAUAUCGUAUAAGGAUGGAACAGGAGCGACAAAGUUGGUUGGAUGAAAGGGAAGCUUAUCAGAGGGAAAGAGAUAGUUGGACAACGGAGAAGCGAUCGUGGGAUAAAGAAAGAUCAAGUUGGGAGAAUGAGAGGCGUCAUUGGGCAGAAGAGAGGGCAGGUCUGGUCGGUGAUAGACAAAGGUUAUUGGAAUCUGGGCAGAUGUCAGAAAAAGACAGAGCGAUGAUGGAUCAAAUUAGGUUAUCGCUUGGUAGUAUGUUAGGUAGAAAGAUGGGUUCAGUAGGUGAACAUGAAGUGCUACCUUCUCUGGACGAAGUCAAGGGGCUGAUAAGUAGACGAGAGAGGGAAGUCGUCAGUCUAAGGGAGGAGAUGCAAGAGGUGAAUAUGGGUUUGGAAGAGGAACUGAGAAGAGUAGCGGAAGAUAGAAAUGCUUGGAAAGCUAGAGUGGACCAAGGUGAAUCGGGUCGAAGGGAGGAAACAGCAUCUUUCGAAAAGAAGAUAAGGAGCCAACAAGACCAAAUCAACGAUCUAUCUCUCAGAAACGAAUCCCUGUCUUCAUCCUUAAAGGCUGCUCAGACUGCCGUCUCUUCCAUGUCAACCGAUCAGUCCGGUACCAAAGCCCUUCAAGCUAGAGUCGACGCUCUCUCAUCCGAGCUUGAAUCUAUCGCUUCCCAUUUCAAUUCCAUCUGGUCGAUCUUACCUCCUCCCACCAAACGUGCUCAAGCUGAAUUGAUCGAUCCUCGGACGGGCAACAGCAACUCUUCGCUCGCAAGUCCAAGUAAAGUCUUGAACUUUGCUGCUCUGCAAGAUUUGUAUCAACCUCACAACGAGCAAGUUGGAGAUAUCAACGAGACGUUGUCUAGGAUCAGAGGGGUUAUCGAAGAUGGUAAAGUGUUAGUAGAGAGGGUAGUGAGGAUGGGUCAAGAGAGGGAACUGUUGAAAGGGAAUGCAGCAAAAGCAAAGAAGUUGGUGGAGGAAAGUACCAAGAGUCUGGAGACGUAUCAACAACAAGUAGCAGUACUGGAAGAUCAACUGGCUAAAAGUGGAUCUACCGAAUCUCACUUCCUCGAUGAGCUUAACAACCUUCAAUCGACUUUGGAUAACGUAUCUACCCAGAAAAGGAAUUUGGAGGUGCAAUUAUCGCAAGAGAAAGAAACGAUUGAAAGAUUGACUGAAGCGAAUGGUGUCUUAUCUGCCAAAGCUCUAGAUUUGGCUCAAGUGGCUGAGGAUGAACGAUCGCAAUUGUCCAACAAGCUCAAAAGUGAAUUGGAAGAUAUGAAGAAGAAGUUGAAAGUACAAGAAGAUGAACAGGAUGAGGAAAGAGUGAAAUCGCAAUCUCAAAGAAUUCAAUUACUCGAUGAGCUCAAUUCGUUACAAGCUGAAGUUGGUGAUUUGAGGAAACAACUCCGAUCGAAGGUGUAG